CAGCUGCCACUCACUCAGGCAGACACGUUCAACAACUAAGGAUAUACAAGCCCUGCGCUGGGACGACUGCCUCCCGACUCCCCCUGCUGUUUCUUUGGAGCGCAAACCCCCCGCGGUUUAGCUUCCCAAAAUGGACUUGAGGGUAACAAGCCUUCUUCUCAUCCUCCUGGCUUUGGCCGAGGGAACCCCCUACUACUCUUCAAAGGUGUCCAAGGCUGCCUACCCCGUGAAAAGCCAUGCUGUUGCGGGACAGCCAGGAGCUCAAGGUCCACCAGGUGAGCCAGGACCAAUGGGACCAGCUGGGCCUCCUGGAGAGAGAGGUGUGGGACACCAAGGAGCAAGGGGUCCUCCAGGUGCUCCUGGAGCUCCCGGCCACUCUCAAGCAGGUAAACCUGGUACCCCAGGUGCCCCUGGAAAAUCAGGUGCUUCUGGAAUUCCUGGCGACAGAGGUGCACCCGGUGCAAAUGGACCAAUGGGACCCAGAGGUGCACCUGGUACACCAGGAACCCCUGGACCUGCUGGACUUUCUGCUGUUGGAAAACCUGGACCAGGUGGAUUCCCUGGCGCAGUGGGUCCAAGAGGAGAGCCUGGUCUGAAGGGCCAUCCUGGUGUCCCUGGUAUGCCUGGCCCCAAGGGAGAGAGAGGGAUUGGAGUUCCUGGUGUCCAAGGACCAUCAGGUCCAACUGGACCAAUGGGCCCAUCUGGUAUGCCAGGCACUCCUGGAAUUGGCAAGCCUGGUGCGACCGGAUUCCCCGGAGAGCCCGGUAAGAGUGGUAUGCCUGGAAGAGAUGGAGCUUCUGGGCCAAUGGGUAUGCCAGGGAUGAAGGGUCAUGCUGGGCCUCCAGGAGUAGGAGCACCAGGGAAACCAGGCCAGAAUGGUACCCCAGGAAUGCCUGGACCUAUGGGGCCAAAGGGUCCACAGGGUCCUGCUGGUCAGCCAGGCUCCCCAGGCAUGCCAGGUGUUGGGAAAACAGGCGAGCAUGGAAUUCCAGGAUCCAGAGGAGCUCCUGGUACUCCAGGAACAACUGGUCAGAAAGGCGAGCCAGGCCCAACUGGAUAUACUGGUGCCCCAGGUGGCCCAGGAUCUAUUGGCCCAGCUGGUCCACAGGGUGCAAGAGGUUUCCAGGGUGAGCCAGGCCCAAUUGGACCCAAAGGUGACAUUGGUAUGGUUGGUGCACCAGGCCCAAGAGGUGCCAAAGGUGAACAAGGAGCUCAGGGCUUUGGUGGAAAGUCAGGUAUCCCUGGGGCAGUAGGUCCCCCAGGUUUGCCAGGCCAUCACGGUGCUCAAGGUCCAAAGGGAUCAUCAGGCAACCCUGGAUCUCCAGGACUCCCUGGUGCAAAUGGUGCCCCUGGACUAAAAGGACACACAGGUGGCCCCGGAGCACCAGGUAAAAGUGGUGAAUCUGGAAGGCCAGGGCCCAUGGGACCAGUUGGCCCCACAGGUGCAACAGGUGCCCCUGGACACAAGGGACAUCCAGGUAUCCCAGGCCCUCCUGGUCCAGCUGGCAUGACAGCUAAGGGAAUUAGUGGACCCCAUGGUGCCCCUGGACUUCCAGGUGAGAGAGGUCAAGAUGGUACUCCUGGCCCAUCUGGUCCCCCUGGUCCUCCUGGUCCACCAGGACAGGUGGUCUACCACGAAAAGAGCAUGCCAAUCAAGUCUCACGAGGUUGUGAUGCCUCAUGAAAUGAUGAAGGCUCCCAUGUCUGCCUUUAGUGCCGUGCUGACCAUGGCCUACCCCCCAGCUGGAGCCCCUAUUCAGUUCAACCAGAUUCUGUACAAUGGGGAGCAGCACUAUGACGCGCACAGCGGCGUGUUUACAUGCCAGAUCCCAGGCCUUUACUUUUUCAGCUUCCACAUGCAUGUUAACGGUGCCAAUGCGCUGGUGGCCCUCUACAAAAACCAGGAGCCAGUUGUUUUUGUUUAUGAUGAGUACAACAAGGGCUUCCUAGACCAGAUGUCCGGCAGUGCCGUUCUUAUGCUGCAUCCAGGUGACAGAGUCUUCGUCCAGGUCCCAGAUGAGGAGAGCAAUGGUAUAUUUGCUGCAGACAAUGUUCACUGUGUUUUCUCUGGGUUCCUAAUCGCCUCAACGUGAUUUCACAAAUCUCAAUAAAUCUGAAAACCUUCCAAAAACUAAAAGAACUACUCAGAGGUAUAGAUGAGUUUACAAAAUUAAUAUUGUGAGUUGGUUUCAAGUUUUACAAGUUUAACUGCCUCAUUAAAAUCCUCAAAAGUCUUCAAUUUGCUUAUAAAUUACUGAAUUAACGAAAGAUAUGUACGCUUGUUAUACACGUAUGGCUCAAAUUGAUCCCUGUCCCCUGUUCGGUUGUGUCUUUGAAAUUUUAAGGAGCUUGGACCAACAUUGGAACUUAUUCUAAGUGGUGCUAUUCAAUUGUCAGGAAAUUUAAGAUUUCUUUUUUUUUUUUAUUUGUGUUUGUUUUAAUAAUGUCUGUUGUUAAAAAGGACUAUCCUGUAAUAUACAUACAAAAGAUACACAAAACUGUUGUAAUAUAUGUUAUCAGAGAUCAGCACAUUCUCACAAGCGCUUUGAUCGCCAAAAAAAAAGAAAAAAAAAACAAAACACAGGAUGAGAAAUUCAAACUUGGAUGUGUUAAGUUAUGUACCACUUACUGACCAAAUCAUGGAAUAAAAGUUUGACUUUGAAAAAUA